CCUAACUCGAUAGCGGCACCACUCAAGAACAUCCAAAUUCACCUAAUCGGUCCAACUCCGGAGGCUGACGUAGCCUUGUUUGCUUUACUGGACAGUCGUGGUGUUCAUGGCAAGGGAUUAAGUGUUUUGAUUGCAAAGACCUCUACGAUUUCCUUGAUGUUACACUUCCGACCCGUCAAAUAAAGCUGGAUGUUUCAGAAUGUAUGCUGUUUUGGAAGGAGACAGCGACCGUCUAUGUUGUGGGAUGAAGUGUAACAGUCUACACAGUCAGUCAUCUUGCCAUAAAUGAAAGAGUUUCUUAUUGGACAAUAUAGCAAAGGCUAUUAUUAAGGGACUAGACAAGUCACAAAACUAGUUUAUUCAGUACAUCGAGGCAUUUCCUCCACUGACAUGUUCAUGCAGUACAGCCUUUUGAAUGUAAAGAAAAGGGAAUUAUGGGGAAUAGUGGAUGGCCAGGGCUUAUCAGAGUUGAUUCAAUGAACCAGAUUCAUUCCUAUUAUUAUUUAUAUAUUUAUAUUUCAUUGUGGAUAUAACAGGACUUUCGGUCAUCAAACCCAGAGCUGUGACACAUUUGUUAGUGCGCACGCUCGUGAUGCUUAGAUUCUAUUGGCUUACAGUCAAAGAGGGUUUGAAUCAUUUCAUGACCUCAUUACCCUAAAUUACAAUAGUUUCAUGUCUGUCUUCACCUGAAAGGCUGCUAUACAGUAGUUGUUUAAUUAUAGAUGUAAAAAAUUCAUUAAAUAGCAAUACAUUAUGCAAAUAGUUUGAUGACAUCAUCAUUGUUGGUAGUAUUUAAAAUGUUAAUGGGUGAUUUUGAAAUUUUCCAAAUUUAUUAAAAUGAAAAAUAGGUAGCAUAACUAAGAGUACAGUAAAAUAUAAACUGUAAAAAUGUGUAUAUGCAUCUGAUUUACAAAACUGCAUUGGUAGAGAUUGUUUUCUGAUUUGCCCUCAUGGCUUUGUCAUAAAGUGUAAAAAUUGUGAAAUGUGAUGAAAUGUAUAAACAAUUUAAAGUAACUAUAAGGAUCUUCUGGGCUGGCUAUGGGAAACCAGAUGAAGAAUCUUUUAUAAGAUCAAUUAAGUACCUUCAUUUUCAAAGUGGCAGCUGUUACUUUUUAUAACAAUUUAAUGUUAAGUUGCGCACACACCAAAUGCGAAGCAUCGCGUUUCUCCCUUAAGGUUACUUGCGGGAUUUAAUUUCAUGCCAUGCAAAUAUUUUCACCGUGUGCAAAGACGCGUUUUAGGCGAAUCGCUCGUUUUUGCGGCAAUUGGGCCACGCAAUUUGCGUCAUCCGCAUCGCCCCGUGCGAGUUCGCAUUUAUUUGUGUCUUUGCAUUGACUAUGGAAUCUACGGGCGCAAAUUGUGUAAACGCCCGAUAAUAAUGCAUACACACCAAAUCCAAAGCAUCGCGUUCCUCCCUUAAGGUUACUUGCGAGAUUUAAUUUUGUGUCAUACAAAUUUUUCGCUUGAGUUGAAUAUUUUCAGCUGCUUGAAGACAAUUGCAAUUGCAUCGCCCAAUUUACGUCAUUCGCAUUGCCCCACACCAGUUUGCGUUUAUUGGCUUUUUUGAAUUGACUUUGUAUGUAAUUUACUCAAGCAAAUUGUUGAAUUUGCAUUUGGUGUGUAAACGCCCGAUAAUAAUGCAUACACGCCAAUUGCAAAGCAUCGCGUUCCUCCCUUAAGGUUACUUGCGAGAUUUAAUUUCGUGUCAUGCAAAUAUUUCGCUUGAGUUGAAUAUUUUCAGCUGCUUGAAGACAAUUGCAAUUGCAUCGCCCAAUUUACGUCAUUCGCAUUGCCCCACACCAGUUUGCGUUUAUUGGCUUCUUUGCAUUGACUUUGUAUGUAAUUUACUCACGCAAAUUGUUGAAUUUGCAUUUGGUGUGUACGCCACAUAAUGUUGCAUACACAUCAAAUGCGAAGCAUCGCGUUUCUCCCUUAAGUUAACUUGCGGGAUAUAGUUUUAUGCCAUGCAAAUUUUUUGCUUGAGUUGAAUAUUUUCAAAUUGCGCAAAGACGCGUUUUAGGCGAAUCGCUCGUUUUUGCGGCAAUUGCGCCACCCAAUUUGCGUCAUCCGCAUUUGUUUGUGUCUUUGCAUUGACUAUUGAAUCUAAGAGCGCAAAUUGUGUAAACGCCCCAUAAUAAUGCAUACACAUCAAAUGCAAAGCCCACACCAGUUUGCGUUUAUUGGCUUCUUUGCAUUGACUUUGUAUGUAAUCUACUCACGCAAAUCGUUGAAUUCGCAUAUGGUGUGUACGCCACAUAAUGCUGCAUACACACCAAAUGCAAGAAUGUGAAUGUUUCGCUUGAUUUGAAUAUUUUCAAUUGACGGGAAGACGUGUUAAAUGCAAAUAUCACGUGUUUUCGCGUCAUUUGCAGCGCCCCACUUUUUGACUUUGUAUGUAAUCUGCUCGCGCAAAUCAUUAAAUUUGCGUUUGGUGUGUACGCCCUAUUAGUAUUUUCCUCUAGAUGGUAUAUGAAGUGCAUUAGGAAGUAACAGUGGUGUAAAUUCACUGUGAAAAGCACAGAAAGACAUUUUUUUAUUUAACAGGCCAUGUUCGAUCAUCAGUUCCAUAAUAUUUAUUCAUUUUGUUUGUUUGUUCAGUUGUGCUGCUAGGUGGAAAUAAUCUUUAACAAAUAUUUAUUAUUUGAAUUAAAUACAUGUUCACAUUCCUUGUGGACAUAAGGUGGAUAAUGAAUAUGGUCUUCAUUAAUGUAAACGGUGUAUAAUUUACGAGUUGACAAUGCUUCAUCUUGCUAAAGGUUCUGGGUGGAGGUAAACAGGUGAGAUUCCACUCUGCACUUGAAUAACCUGUUUUCCUAUUUUAGGUAUAAGGAGGAGCGGCUUAAAUACAAAACACAUCAAUACUACAGAUCGCUAAAGAAGCCUGGAUUUUUUGACAUAUUGUCGAACCUCGUUUAUACUGUACUAUGUAAGGAAUAGACUGAAAGUGUUUGUUUUUCACAUAUGGAAAUAUAUCUUUGAGUUGACAAACGUUUUGUUUACACCCACUGUCAGCAUGCUGCUGGUAUGUAAAGCGCAUAAGCUGUCCUCAAGAAUAUUUUGUUUAUCAGGAACUAGAUUACUAAAAACUGGGAAGAAGAUGCAGGAAACAUUUUCGGUUUCCCUUUUAUGAGGGUUUGACGACGCAAUGAAUUGGUUUAUAGCCUGCUGCUUCACAUUCCUCCACUUAUGCCCGAUGCCAUUUAAAGCAAUGCUCCUUCCUCCAAUCAACCUGACUGUGGAAGUCUUGGAUUUCAUGGCUACCGUUCAAUGGCUUCCUGCACCCGGAAACCCUUCUGGCACCACAUAUACCUUGGAGUUUACACCUGUAGAAAACAUAUCUGUAGGAAAAUGGAAUCAUUCUGCAAACUGCGGUAACAUAUCCACGCUGAAGUGUGACCUGACCUUUGACCAACAACCUAAUGAACUCUUUGCGAAUUAUGCGAAAUACUAUGUGAGGGUCAAGACCAUGCUUAACGGGACGAGCUCCAACUGGACAACUACAUUAAAGUCUUUUGAGCUAGAUGACACUCGUCUGAGUUCCCCGGAGGUAAAAAUCUCAACUAAUCAGCAGAAUAUUACCAUCAUUUUCAGUCAUAGGCUGGAAUCAAAACGAGGAAUAACCCUGGAGUUCUUCCUAUAUCUUUUUGAGAACGAUCCUGCAGGAAAAUCUAAGGGUGUAGGACAGAAAUCAACCUCAACAUCUCCCUACACUUUUCAUGACGUGCCUCUUGGCAACAACUACUGCAUUAAUGUUUCCGCUAGUCAUCGAAAGGCCUAUCGUGAAAACAACUAUAAUACAACCAAGUGCUUCUUUCUCACAGACUCUUCUGAACGCUCUUCAGGUGGAUUGGUGGUCAUUGUGACUGUAGUGUUCUUUAUUGCAGUUGCUUUGAGUUGUGUUUGUGUUUACCAAAGAUAUAGAUAUAAAUAUAUAAUAAAAAAUCUCCAGAUUCCAGAAGCUCUGCGUGUCAUCCCAGGAACUAAAAGAGUCCUAAAAUUUGGUCUGGAAAAUCUCCAUCAAAUUACACAGACUAAGUCGAAUGAACUGACAAGCACCGAAGACUGUGUUUCUGCAUCUGAGGAGGACAAUACUCUGUUAUAUCAUCCGAGGAAGUCUACAAGUGUUAUUCUUAAUCUAUUAUCGGUCGAUGAGCAAAAAGCUGUUGUUCACCAACCAAACCCUGAUGAGGAUGCCGAAACAUUGAAUCCGUGUUUAUCAAAUUACAAGGAAGCUGCUAAUAUGGAUGUGAGUGAAGAAAACAUAUCUGAAAUUGGCAAUGGUUACAUGCAUUCAGGAGCCACUGUCAGGAGCCUAUGUCCUACCUCAAACCUUUUACCGUUUACUGAAUCUGAAACACCACACAUAAGCACUGUGAAUAUAAUGCUGGAUAGAGAUUGUCUAUCAGAGAGACGGUGUGAGGUGGAUUCUCUACUGUCUGACAAUAGCCAUGAAAGUGCGGCGUCUGAUAAAGAAGACAAUGUCUCGUGGGAUGAUUUUUUCACAGGUGAUGGCUAUGAGCCGAGGCCUGAUCCAAGGACUUGAUGUGAACCAGUCAAGUCAGCACUUGAUAUGCUCUUAAAAAUAAAGAUGCUACAUGAGGACAAAGAAGAACCAUUUUUGACUGUAUGAUUCUUUAAAGGAUUACUCCACUUUCAUUAAAAAAUUCGAUAUUUACUCACCCCCAUGUCAUCAAAGAUGUUUAUGUCAUUCUUUAAGUCGAGAAGAACGUUUUUUGAGGAAAACAUUCCAGGAUUUUUCUCCAUAAAGUGGACUUUAGUGAACCUCAAACGUUUGCAGUUGCAAUGCAGAUUUAAACGGCUCUAAACGAUCCCAACCGAGGCAUACUGUAAGCGUCUUAUCUAGCGAAAAAACGUACUUUUUGCCAAAAAAGACACAACUUCUUGUCUUGCACUAGCCGUGCCAGCGCGACAUUACAUAAUCACGUCAAAAGGUCACGCGUAACAAAUUUGAAACGCACACUUGCGGACCAUUGUAAACUCUGGUGCCGUAGUUUCGCAUACGUCACGCGAGACCUUUCGACGUGAUUAGGUCGCGCUGGGAAGUCGCUAGUUCAAGACAAGAAGUUGUGGUUUAAGUACUUUUUUGGUGAAAAAUUAUGAUCGUUUCGCAACCUUAUGCCUCGGUUGGGAUCGUUUAGAGCAGUGGUUCUCAAACUUUUUCCGCAUGCGGCCCCCCUUUUGUACGGUGCAUUCGUUCGUGGCCCCCUCAAAGAAAAUUUAUGACAAAAAACUUAAUACUUAAAUGUAACAUUUUAAUUAAACAAAACAUUUUAAGUUAUACAGAGUAGUGCUGUUGGUUAGUAGCCUUUUUUUAGGUUUAAUUACACAGAAUUCAUGAUAAAUUAAUGUAUUUUAUAAAAUGUCAUAAAACUGGGGCCCCCCUGGCACCAUCUUGCGGCCCCCCUGGGGGCCCCGGACCCCAGUUUGAGAACCAUUGGUUUAGAGCCUUUGAAGCUGCAUUGAAAAUGUAAACUGUUGAGGUCCACUAUAUGGAAAAAAAAUCCUGAAAUGUUUUCCUCAAAAAACUUAAUUUCUUCUCGACUGAACAGACAUAAACAUCUUGGAUGCCAUGGGGUGAGUAAAUUAUCUGAAAUUUUUUAUGAAAGUGAAAUAUUCCUUUAAAGGACUUCACUUUUUUUGAAAAUAGGCUCAUUUUCCAACUCUCCUAGAGUUAAACAUUUGAUUUUUACCGUUUUGGAAUCCAUUCAGCGAUCUCUGGGUCUGGCGGUACCACUUUUAGCGUAGCUUAGCAUAAUCCAUUGAAUCUGAUUAGACCAUUAGCAUCGUGCCUACAACAAUAACCAAAGAGUUUUGUUAUUUUUCCUAUUUAAAACUUGACUCUUCUGUAGUUACAUUGUGUACUAAGACUGACAGAAAAUGAAAAGUUGUGAUUUUCAAGGCCGAUAUGACCAGGAACUAUACUCUCAUUCUGGCUUAAUAAUCAAGGACUUUGCUGCUGUACAAUGGCGGCAGGAGGCGCAAUGAUAUUACGCACUGCCCGAAAAAGUCCUCUUGGUAACUUUCAAUAUCAUUGCGGAUUCCAAAACUGUAAAAAUCAAAUGUUUAACUCUAGGGUAGCCUAUUUUCAAAAAAGGGGAGUGUCCCUUUAAAGAACCUUUAACAUCGCUAGUUUAUUAUCUAUUAGAUAAUAAAACGGUAUGUAAGAAACGAUUCUAAGUACCUUUGACUGAAUGGUUCUAUAGGGAACCAAAAAUGGUUCUUCUAGCGUUGUGGUGAAGAACGUUUUGUUGUACCUAGCAUGCAGCUCAGCCAAUAGCGCGCCAUUUAGCUUAACACAUAAAGCCAAAACAAAUUCAGAUCUGUCCUUUAUCCGUAAUCUUCCCGAUAUCAGGCUCUGUACUUGGAUACAUUUUCAGACACUUGAGUUAGCUGUGAAGUUUUUUUUUUACUUACCGUUGGAUCUUAUUGUUGUAUUAUAAAAUCCAGUAUUAUGCCAGACACUUUGAUGACAGACUCUGGGUGCUACAUGAAGCAGCUUAAUAUCAGAUUGACCUGGAAGUUUGACAAUUUACUGUGGCUACUCGUCUACUAUAUUGAAUUUCAUAUUUAAAUAUCAGUAAUAAAACUGCUUGCUCAUACUUUGUGUGUGUAACCUAUAUGCUGAUGCAUACACGCAAGGUCGGGUAUAUUACUAAUACAAAUGUUUUUAGUGUCUGACACUGGUAAUUUAAUCUUUUUGGGGUUGGACUAUAGUCAGACAUUUUUGCUAAGGAAAAAAUGCAUUUGACAGGGAUAUUGUUAAAAUUUGAUUAAUUUUUUAACUUCGAAAUGAGGCCACACUAAUAUCAUUUAAUGUAAAACGAUCUACUCAAUAUAUUUUAGCCUUAGUUUUACACGAAGCAACUGUCACUUUAAGUGUACUUUGUGUGUGCUGUUUGUUCUUGUAGCUCAGUGGUAGAGCAUUACUGCGCUAACAGCGGAAACGUUCAUGGGUUCAAAAACCCACCUUGUUAUGCACUUUAAGUUGCUUUGGAUAAAAGUGUGAUACAAAUGCAUAAUGUAAACACAAAUACUGAAGUACUUAAAUCUUGUUAUCAGUAUAACAUUAAUUGGAUUGCAUGUAGUUACUGCUGCCUCAGUUGAAUUAAGUCGGAUGGCACACAUCUGAUUUAAGGAUUCUAAUGACAUCACUAGUGUAGGGUACCGUGUGGGCUUGCAUCUUAAAGUGCAAUACAUUUAUUAAACAUGUAUUGCUCAAUUUUUAUGUCAUCUCCUUUUCUGUAUGUAUGUGAAAAUGUUUAUGUACAUGCACAUAAUGUUAUCUGUAAAACACUUUGUUUUUAUAUACAUGCAUUAUUAAACUUUUUACCAUGA